CUCUACGCGCACACGUGCCGAGUACUCUGUGUUCCACAAAUCGAAUCAAGCACAGGCAAAACAAGAGCCAUGGGUAACGCCCAAGUCGGACCGACCAGGAACCUCGCCGAUGCCGCGCGCUCCGUGCGGACGUUCAAGAUCGACGGCUUCAGCUCGACUUCCACGGCCCCGGCCACGGUAGCCAGCGGUCACGACGAGUGCAUCGUGGUAUGCUCCAGGUGGAGCGUCGGCUGGCACGAGUGGGAGAUCCGCUGCUACCCUGCGUCCUCGGUGUGCAGCAUGUGGAUGUCGCUCAAGCUCGUGCUCCUCGCCCAUCCCGCCGCCACCGGAGACGUCGUCACUGCGCGCCUAGACUGCUGGCUCGUCGAUCCCGCGGGUUUGGCCGAGCAGUCGGAGCCCAGGACGGUGUCCGCAGCCUUCGCGCGCCACUGCGGCGGCGAGUCGGCGCCGCUCGUGCUGGCGCACAGGCGCGACCUCGAGAUCUCCGGCUACCUCCGGGGCGACGGCACCCUCACCGUGAAAUGCGCCAUCACGGUGCUCCGGGAACAGCGCCCAGGCGUGGACGUGCCCGCGUCGCUUCCUGUGCCGGCACCUAGGGGAGCUCCUGCGGAGCGGGACGGGAUCCGACAUCACGUUCGUUGUCUCCGGCGAAACGUUUGCCGCGCAGCGCACAAGGUCGUCCUGGCCGCGAGGUCACCGCUCUUCAUGGCCGAGUUCUUCGGGGACGCGAGCGACAAGAAGUGCGCGCGGCGCCUGGAGGUCCACGGCAUGGAGGCGGCGGAGUUCAAGGCCAUGCUGCACUUCAUCUACACCGACACGACAACGGAGCUCGACCGACACGACGGUGAGGAGUCGGUGGCGUUGACCUGUGGCCUCCUCGCGGCCGCGGACAGGACGGCGGCCACGAUUCUGAAUCUGGCGGAGCUGAACAACUGCCCACGGCUCAAGGCGAGCACUUUUUGUCAGUAUGAUGCAUGUAUGGCUCAGACAUACUCUCCUCUUCAGGCCCCCAUAACAAAGGUACCCAUUUAAAUUUCAUUUGACAUUUUUAACCGUUAAUAUCUUUUAAACCAAAAUUACAUAUGUGAAAUAUUUUAUAUAUUUGAUCUCCGGGUGUCAAGACCUUUAGAACAAGAUCAAUUUUGGAUAGAUUUCAAAUACAUUUAAUUUUCAACAUUUCAGUUAACUUAUUUCACUCUAUGUAUUCUGUGUGAAACUGCUUAUUUCAGUAUUUGAAAUUUAUUUCACUCUAUAUAUGGAACAUAUGAAACAUGUUAUUUCACUCUGUGUGAAACUGCUUAUGUCAGUCAGAUUUAAAAAUAACAUGUUUCACACAUUUCAAAAAGUAGCUAUUUUCAUAGAUCUCACUUAGUUCAAAAAUCUAAUUUCACUAAUUUCAUAGAUUUUAAUUACUGCAGAGAAAUAUGUGUUUGAAUGAUAUUUUUUAUAUGAGUGAAAUAGUUUUUUAAUUGAAAUAUUAUUUUUGUGAAAAAUCCUUAUUUAUUUCUGUAUAUUGUGAGUGUAAUGUGUUUUCUGAAACUAGUGAAAUGAGCGGAAUUUAUCUUUUGUAACGAGUAAAAUUACUUUUUGAAACAGGUGAAAUAUAGUAUUUCAAUUGACUGAAUGUAAUGUGUUUUCUGAAAUAAGUGAAAUUAGUUUCUUGAAACGAGUGAAACAAAGUUUGAAAAUAUUUUUUUUGUGAUGUGUAAAAUAAGUUUUUUAAACAAGUGGAAUAUAGUACUUCAAAUGAGUGAAUCUAAUGUGUUCUCUGAAAUGAGUGAAGUAAGUUUUUUCAACUGAGUGAAAUCAGUUGUUUGAAAUAAAUGAAAUAUUAGUUUGAAAUAAUAAAAUAAAUUUGUAAAUGAGUGAAAUCCGUAUUUCAAAUUAGUGAAAUAAUUUUUUUGGAAUGAGUAAACUCUGUUUAUUGAAAUGAGUAAAAUCCUAUUUUUUGUAAUGUGAAAUUAAUUGAACCAGUAAAAAUUCAAUCUAGCCAAAUUGUAUCCAAGACCGGUCUUGUUUUAAAGGUCUUAUCACCCUGAAUUCAAAUGUACAAAAAAAUUCAUUAAUGAAAAUUUGGUUCAUAAGCUGUUAACCAUUCAAAAUAUGAUCAGCAAAUAAAAUGCAACUACUUUGUUUGGGGGAGAGAACCCAUGCGCCGUCCUUUUCCACCAAGUCACAUCUAAAGCUGCCACGCAUCUGACAUGCACAAAUGUAUUCCUUUGUCUACUGCUUGUAUUGUAUAGUAAAUUAUUUUUACUUCAUACACAAAAGGUUGGCAUGAAUCUCAAAGAAAGCAAUUGAACGGCAGAUUCUCCACCGGUAGCUCCCGGCUCCGGUAAAAAAACUUAGUCGGAGGUGCGUUGAGUUCAUCGUCAAACGCCGGCGAUUCUUGGUGCCGUGUUAGCGACGGAGGGCUACAAGCAGCUGGAGGCGACCUGCCCUCGGGUGCUGGCUGACCUUCUCAAGGCUGCACGCGGGAGGAAGAAUUGAUGCAUAGCUGGUGUUAUGUGUAGUCUAGUACGGAGUAGCACUUAGUUAAUUUGUGUCCUGUCAUGUUGUUCUAGUGCGUUACUCCUACCAGGCCUUAGCAUGAUAGACUUUUUGACUGUCUACUCUAAUAAGUUAUGUCCAACUCCGACGAGAGAGGGACGAUGAUGGCGGCGUGCCUUCGGCUUGCUUCAGUGCGUGCAGUCGUCACUAGGUGGUCUAUAAAUCUGGAUGUAAUUUUCAUUAUUUCCGGUUUUCAGUGUACUGCCAUGAUUGAAGAAGAAUAAAUUGACAGUUUCCCGC